UCACUAUCACACUGAUGAGGGCUGCAGAGUUUCCUGUAAAAAAAAUCCGUUUUAUGAAACCACUGUUCACUCGAGAUUGAAUGAAGCCUUAAUAUACGUGUGUUUUUAUGGUUUUGUUGCCAUCACUGGACGCUUUUCUCUGGAUACGCUCGAUAUAAGUGGAUGUUCAACUGCCCGGCUCCUGUUGGCGGAGUUGAUUUCAUUUUCUCGGCAUGUCCCGUUCCUCGGACCCGUUACCGAAAACACGGCAGGAUAAAAUGAAAGACACGAAUCUAAAGAACAAGGAGAAGGAGCGGAUGAAGGCGCGAGAGAAAGAGACGAAAGAGCGUGAGGCGCGUUACAGUAACGGUCAUCUCUUCACCUCCCUCAGCGUUUCUGCGACCACACUCUGCUCCGCCUGCAACAAGAGCAUCACUGCCAAAGAAGCCCUCAGCUGCCCCACUUGCAAUGUGACCAUCCAUAACCGCUGCCGAGACUCACUGGCCAACUGCGCAAAAAUGAAGCAGAAGCAACAGAGGCUGGCGCUGGUCAGGAACACAGCAUCUUUACAAAACGUGGCGCUCCGCAGCAAAAACACGAUAUUGAAGGAGAGGCCUAGCUCUGCGAUCUAUCCGUCAGAGACACUGAGACAGUCACUACUCGGUUCCCGUAAAGGACGCUCCACCCUGUCCCUCAACAAGAGCGUUUCCACCAAUAACAUAGCUGGAAUUCUGAACGAUGACUCUCCUCUCGGACUCCGGCGGAUUCUCUCUCACUCCACAGACUCCUUGAACUUUAGGAACAGAGCCAUGUCAAUGGAGUCCCUCCAUGAUGAAGGAGAGAUGUAUUACACACCAAUGCUUGAGGAGUUGAAGAAUGAUGGGAAAGACUUUGAGGCAGACUCCUGGAGCCUAGCUGUGGACUCGUCUUAUCUGCAGUCUCAUCGCAAAGAUGUCAUUAAGAGACAAGACGUUAUAUAUGAGCUCAUUCAGACAGAGUUUAACCACGUGCGGACGCUGCGGAUCAUGGAGGGCGUGUUUCGCAGAGGGAUGCUGGAGGAGCUGAUGCUGGAGAUGGGUGUAGUCCAUGCCAUCUUUCCCUGCUUAGACCAGCUGCUGUCCGUCCACUCGCGCUUCUUGAGCCUGCUGCUGGCGCGGAGGAGCCACAGUCUGGCACCUGGCAGCGCCCGCAACUUCACCAUCCAACAGCUGGGAGAUAUUCUGGUGGAGCAGUUUUCAGGUCAGAACGCCGAGGAGAUGAGAAAGUGCUAUGUGGAAUUCUGCAGUCGCCACCUUAAAUCUGUCAAGCUCUAUAAGGAGCUGUUGGCCCGUGAUAAGAAGUUCCAGCACUUCAUACGGCGAGUCAGCAGGGGUUCUUUACUUCGGCGGCAUGGAGUUCAGGAGUGCAUUUUACUCGUCACUCAGCGUAUCACUAAAUAUCCCGUGCUCAUCCAGCGCAUACUGGACAACACCAAAGGGAGUGAUGAAGAGAGCAAGUCUUUGGUUCACUCUCUGGCCCUGAUCCGGGAGCUGUUGUGCUCGGUGGAUCAGCAAGUUCAGGAGCUGGAGCGAGCACAACGGCUUCAGGAGAUCCAGUCCCGUGUGGACCCGCGGGCUCAGACGGAGGUGAAGGGCGGAGGGGCGUUUCGUGGAGGCGAGCUGCUCCGCCGCAGACUCAUUCAUGAAGGAACACUGCUGUGGAAGGCUCAGGGGUCCCGACUCAAAGACGUGCACGUUCUGUUGAUGACAGACAUCCUCGUGUUCAUGCAGGAGAAAGACCAAAAAUACAUGUUCCCCUGUUUGGACAAACCAGCAGUGCUGUGCCUGCAAAACUUGAUUGUUAGAGACAUAGCCAAUCAGGAGCGAGGAAUGUUCCUCAUCAGUCACUCCACACCUCCAGAGAUGUAUGAGCUCCAUGCGACCUCCAAAAAUGACCGGAAGACCUGGAUGAAAAUCAUUCAGCAGACAGUGAGCAAUUGCCCAUCGAGGGAGGAUUUUCCUCUGAUUGAAACUGAGGACAAAGCUUUGCUACGCAGACUUCGAGCUGACAUCCAGCAGAAGGACCGUGAGGUGUUGGAGCUGCUACAGGAGCGAGUGACGCUCUUCUCAGAUCUAGCAGAGGUCACAGGAGGUCAAAACGUUACCAUUCCCUCAAACUCCCGAAAUAUAUUCCGAGCGGACACACCUUACGCUCCUCAAGCUGAACGCUUGCUGAACGACGCCAUCAGUGAGGUGGACAGACUGAGUGAAGUGCUGUUGGAUUCCAGCAACGACCGUCGACAGUCCUGCAGAUUGAACGGUGAACAGAAAGAGGCGCAGCUGAUCUCUAAAACAACAGAUGGAGUGAUUUCAGUUAACGGUAAACAUGGUAGGAACAGUGCAUCAGACAAGGACAGAAACGGGAACCAGCUACUGGACAAGACAUUAAAUGAGGAGGUGCACCAGAGACUUGUAAACCUCAGCACUCAGCUGCAUGCUCUACAGGCUGCAGUGAUUAGACAGGACUCGUUCCUGGAGCUGGACAUGCUGGAAGAUCCAUCAGCUCAUACUCCGCCGCGGGAUGCUCUGCCGGAGGACGGCGGUCCGGUGGGUACGCAGGGUGAUCUGGCACAGCUGCAGCGCAAGUACAACCUGCUACAGGAGGAAGUGAUGCGACUGCGUGCCGCCCAGGACAAACACAAGAAGAGCGACAGAGCGCAAAAUCAAGCGGAUAAACAACUUCAAAAGCUGCGUAUUAAAGACACAACGGAAGCCAAGGACCCAGUGACAUCACAGGAUACAGUGGAUCCAACAAAAGGGGUACAGGAGAACGGUGACACGGUCAUAUCCCCCCGGGCUGACAGCCCCAGAGAUCUGCAGGAUAUCCCAGAGGAGAGCGAGUGUGGGAAUGAAGCGCACAGUUAACAUCCGACCAACCUGAGGACCUCAACCAAAACCCUGCAAAUCAUGUAUCUCUUUUGUAAAAUAAUGUUUAUGCCAUUACAUUUAUAUAAUAUUAUUGUAGUUUACAACAAUUUAGACAUUUUUAGAGGAUUGUGAUUUACAAUGGUGUUUAAUUUAAAUUGUGUUGCAUUUUUACGAGAAACGAAAAGCUGUUUGUAAACUUUUGAAAACAUGUCUGGAUAUCUGCAUUGAUUACUCAUGAAGCGUGGUCUGAUCUUGGCAGUUAUAGACAAGCACAGCCUGACUAAACGAAUAACAAACAAGCAAUGAUACUUUGCCAAUUUUCCUCUUUUAGCAGCAACGGCCCCUGUAGCAUCUAUUUCAGAGUCCCAGUCCCACUCAUAUCAUGCCACAAACUCUCAUUGGGUUACGGUUUCUCCUCGCCGGUGUGCGUCCAUGAACCGCACGGUUCUGUCUUGAUUUACAUGAAGAAUCACUACAACUUAAUGAAGGACACUAUCCAGACAUUAUUCUGUGCUCAUUAUGAACUCUAAACUCCAGGUCCAACUCAAAGUGGACCUCUGUUGCUCAUUUCCAUCUGUAGAUUGUCACUGUAGUCAUAGUGUACUGUCCAGUCUGCUGUUAGAAUGUUGGGGGGUGCGGGAGUUGUGGGGGAUAUGUCGAUAUUAUGAAAUGUAGCAUGGAAAAUGCCCAGCUUGAAAAGGACUUUGAAUGCAGUAGUCAAUACUCAAACCUAACACUGGUUAUAAAUGUAGGUGAUGAAGAGCCGAGGGUCUCUUCUGAAAUAUAUAUAUAUUAUAUAUACUGUACAUAUAUUGAUGUUGAUGUUAUUAAUGAAGUGAAAUGAUCAGGAACUCUUUAUUGGCCACUUGAAAAUGACACUAAAGUUUUGUUUAAUGUUGCACUCCUGAUAUUUUGUGUGGACAAUUUUGUUGGAAUGUUUCAGUGAGUUCAUAUCAAAGCUAACGAAUAGCUGCAUUUUGUUUAUAUUGCAUUUUUAACUUGUUGUACUCUAUUGAAAUACAUGAAGGCAAUCAUGCUUUUUGUCACUUUAUUUUACUCUUCAUCUAUAAAUACAUUGACAAGUUGUUAGAAUUA